AUGUUCACCACAACGUCAACCUCCACCAUCACCAAGCUGCCCACCAUGGUCUACUCCUUCGUCCUCCCAACGACCUCCCAUCUGUCCUUCCAGAAAUUUAUCUCCUCCAGCACUCACCCCUCCUUACCACAGGCAGCCACAACAGCCCGCCAUGCCCUGCGAAUCGCCCUCAAGACCCACAAGCGUCUACCCCGCGGAACUCAACGCGACUCGCAUUUUCCCUCUAUCGUGAACGCCGCCUAUGCCUAUAUUCCCUAUCUCCAAGCCAUCUCGAACGGUCUCAACGGAACCCCUAUCCAACCCAAUAACUCCUCUGAGGUGAUCGAAAUCACCCAGCAUGCCGAGAUCGAAUGCGAAUGGCGCGCCACCCUCACCUCUGUCGCCCUCAUGAAGAUAUCCCACCCCACGGCCAGCCGAGUCCGUAUCCAGGGCAUUAAUUCCGAACUCGCCUUCGUCCUGACCACCCUAGCAUACGCUCUAAGUGGCCUCGCCAGUGUCACCGUCAACCGGACCGUCUACUCCACGACAACCCCCUCUGCUGAACAACGCACCACCGCUAUCCAAGAAUCCAUGAAAUAUCUCCUCCAAGCUGCAUCCGUGCACUCUCUUCUCGGCUCCUCCCCUGCACUGGUCAGUGUCUCCCGCCCCAUCCUCGAUCUCGACCCCGCUACCCAAGCCUCUCUCUCGUCGCUCGCCCUCGCGGAGGCCACUCUCCUCGCUGUCUUCAAAGAUGACUGCUACAUCACGGCGUGUAUCCAAGCUCGCAACCCAAACGAUAAGGACUGGAUGGUUCGUGCCCCCGAGAUGCCCAAGGUGCGAGCACCACUCUUCGCCCGUCUGUGCAUCCGCGCCGCUGAGUAUGCGGAGCAAGCCGGCGCAGGGAUGUGCGCCGCGGGCGCAGAAGGGAAGUUCCUUGUCAGUGAGGAUCUCGUCAACUAUACGGAUAAGUUGAGGGUGGUAGCGCGCGCACGCGCAUGUCGCUUCUUCGGGAUCGACGCCGAGUUGGCGGGUAAAAUCGGGGAGGGCAUUUCUUGGUUGCAGGCGGCGCGGGAAUGGUCCGGGUUGACGGGCAUAGGAUGGACAAGACAGUAUGCGCAGCGCAUGCGCGUGGGAAAGGAGGGUCCUGGGAUGUUGUCCAAGUUAAAGCAGGGAUGGAUGGACCGACGGGAGGAAAUGCACCCGGGAUCGGACAAGGCGGAGUUGAGUCUGGGAGACAGUAGUGGGAGGGAUGAAGAGGGAAGAGUGAUUGAGAUGCUGGAGGCGAAGUGGACGAGAAUGAAUGAUACGGUAUUUUCCCCCUCCCCCUCUGUAGAGGGUGACUGUAACCAGCAGGGUGAGAUACUAAUGUGUUCUCAGAUCAAUACGCAGCUGGUCCCCCCGUUUAACGAUCUGGUGAGUAAAUUACCAUCCGGUCGAGAUAUUGUUUCUCCACCAGUUCCGUAUCAGCUUUCCCCGUUGGACGAGGAAGAAUUGGCACAUAUGCGGGCACCACCAGCCGAGGACGAGUUCAAGUCAAGCAGCGACGUCGAUGACAGCGACGACGAACCAUCCGCAGCGCGAGAUACGCCGGGAACAGUUCCCAGUAGAAGCACCAGCGCUUAUUAUUAG